UCGUGAACAGUCGCAGCGUUGGCUUCAGCCUCCUGCGCUCAAUUCCUAGCUGGAUGGAGAAGUCGGUCUGAAUGAACAGAGAGAGACAUCUGCGCUGGAAUAAGUGUGGAAAAGAUUAAUUAAGAGACCGGAGAACCGACAAAUCUGGACGAAAAGAAGUGCCGACCAGAAUGCCAACUGGAACAAAAGAGACUACUUCUUCUUCUUGUCUUCCGUCUAUCGGUGAACAGAACUAACUAGCAGCUAAAAGCUAGCUAACCUACAUUGCUGUCUUAACUAGCUCUGAAGACUCGGUUGCUUUUGUUUUUUCAAUAAAGGCAUAUUUUAAGUGAGCUUUAGCUCUUUGGAGUUUGCUGUUACAUUACAACAGGGUGCUAUAGUUAAUAGUUCAGUGUUAGCAACAGUUAAAAUAGGUAGACUGAGGAGGUUAUUAGUUGGCUAGUUGCCAGUUUUAGUUAGCUCUUCGUGCUGGCGCUUGUUCAGCUGUUUCAUAUCUCACCAAUGAAGUUAUUUUAGUGUGUGUGUUUUUUUUUUUUGUUUUUUUUUACCUAAACAGCCACAACGAGCUGUCGUUAACACUUUUAUGCUACACAUCAACUGUUUUUGCGUUUCGUUUCCAUCUUGGACUCAAACUGGAGGAAGUGGAUUAUUUUUCUUGUUUACACCUGAAAGCAUCCUUUUUUUUUUUCUUUUUUGCUUUUGACUUGAUCUCUGACUUUUCAUCGCCAUGGCAGCUGUGGUCAGCUACUCGCCACCUUGGUGGGUGAACCUGCUGCACAGACUUCCCCACUUCGACUUAAAGUUUCAGCAAACAAGCAGUGAUUUCCAACCAGAAGACUGGACAUAUCAGCAGUCCAUCUUGUUGCUGGGGGGUUUGGCGCUCGCCUGUUUGGUUCUGGACCUCCUGUUUCUCCUCUUCUACUCCAUUUGGCUUUGCUGCCGGCGCAGCAAAACCUCGGAGCAGCCCAACGCCGACUGCUGCGGCACGGCCUGGUGCGUCAUCAUCGCAACACUCGUGUGCAGUGCUGGCAUAGCUGUCGGUUUCUAUGGGAAUGGCGAGACUUGCGAUGGAGUGAAUCGACUGACGUAUUCCCUCCGCCACGCUAACCGCACAAUCACUGGAGUCCAAAAGCUGGUAUAUGAUAGUACGUCGUCAUUGAACCAGACAGUGGACAAGAAUCUGCAACAGCUUGAGGGCCAGUAUGCUCAGCAUGCAGACUACCUCUCCAUCAUCCAAAAGCUGCAGGGCCAACUGGAUGAGCUGGUCAGGCAGAUGGUCGAGAUUCCUUUCUGGGACAACAACCUAAUUUCUCUGGAAGAUUUGUCCACCAGCAUCGAACUGUACGACUGGUAUAGGUGGUUGGGCUACAUCACGUUGCUUCUCUUCGACAUCCUCAUCUGCCUUCUCGUUCUGUUUGGUCUCAUUCGCAACUCAAAGGGAAUACUUUUAGCGGUGUGGUUGUUCGGUGUCGUAGCUAUUAUUAUCAGCUGGGUCUCCCUGGGGCUGGAACUGGCCGUUUCUGCGAGCUCGAGUGACUUCUGCUUUGCUCCUGAUACAUAUGUUACCACAGUAGUUUACCAAUAUGAGGUCAUCGAUAAAGAGGUCCUCCAGUACUACCUUAGCUGCAGUCCGGAGCAAACCAACCCCUUCCAGCAGAGGCUUUCAGGGAGCCAUAAAGCAUUAGUGGAGAUGCAGGACGAUGUGUCUGAGCUGCUGCGCUCUGCCACCAGAGAAUACAAACAGACCAGGGGAAGUUUGGAAGAGAUUCAGGGGAUUCUGAACACCACUGAGAUCAGCCUUCAUCAGCUCACGGCGCUGGUGGACUGUCGCAGCCUGCACAUGGACUAUGUUCAGGGCAUGACGGGACUGUGCUACGACGGGCUGGAAGGCCUCAUCUACCUCUUGCUCUUCUCCUUCGUGACUGCGCUCAUGUUCACCUCCAUCGUCUGCAGCACGCCUCACACCUGGCGCGGCAAGCGGAGCGAUGAGGACAGUGUAGAUGAGUCUCUGAGCCCCGGCGGGCGGCAGACCCACGACAGCCUGUACCGGGUCCACAUGCCCAGCCUGUACAGCUGUGGCAGCAGCUAUGGGAGCGAGACGUCCAUUCCUGCCACAGCCCACACCGUCAGCAACGCUCCGGUCACAGAGUACAUGGCUCAGAACUCCAACUUCCAGAACUCUCGCUGUGAAAACACGCCACUGAUCGGACGCGAGUCUCCUCCUCCCUCUUACACCUCCAGCAUGCGGGCAAAGUACCUGGCCAACAGUCGGCCCAAUCCCAACAGUCGACCCGAUCCCAACAGUCGACCCGAUCACAACAGUCGACCCGAUCCCAACAGUCGACCCGAUCACAACAGUCGACCCGAUCCCAACAACUCUCCUGCUCAUUGAGUCUCUCUGCUCUCCACCAGUCUGCAGCGCUGCACAUCUCUGAAGCCUCUCCUCAACUGAUCAGUCCCAUUUCUUCUGCUUCCUGCCUGUUUUCUCUGUAUCAGUUUAUUUGAACCAAACAUGCUUUCUCCUGCUUGGCUGAAGCACAACCAGAGGACAUGCAUCAGAUUGCAAACUGUGAGUCAGAAGUACAGAUAUACACUCCAUUGUUCGUUGUUUAUCUUUCCACGGAUCAUUAAGGGUGCUGCGACCGAACUCCUGAGCUGAUCCGAUGGACUUGAAAGAUUUUUUUUUUUUUUUAGCUAUAAUUCAUGAUGAUAUCAAAGUUGGCGGUUAAAGUACUGUAACAUACUCUGUGUUUACUCUGGAAUCUGUAGAUGUGGUCUUUCACACUCAGCUUAGAUCUACUUGUUCCAUUGAUUAGAUUAACUUUAGCUUGUUAAGACUCUACUGUUCUUGGAGCUUGAAUCGUACUGUACUUGUGGCACGUCCAACACACACUAACACACUUGGCUUAUAGUGGCAUUCUGUCUUAAACCUGUUGUCUGGGACCAGUUUUCCUGUGGUAUUGCAUGUUUGACCACAGUCUUGUUUCUUUCUUCUUAUUGGUUGACUUAAAAAAAAAAAAAAAAAAAU